CAAUGAUCUUUACCAUUUCUGCACCCCACCCCCAUCAGUCAGAAAUCUGCUAUGGCGUUCGCUAGAGACGAUGCAGCAGCUAGACUGGAAGGCUACGAGCCUCUGGACUUGCACCAGAGCGGUGAUGUGUGUUUCACACUCCAGACCCAUGAUACUGGGCCUGAAGAGGAGGAGGCCAGUCGUGCACACGUUAUGGAGGAAGUACUGAGGUCCCCCAGACUGGCCAGUGCUGUCAAGGAGGUUGCUGCCGAGAGCAGUAGAGAGGUAAAGGAUGUACAAGCUGAAGCACAAGCUCUACUGGAGGAGAUAGCCCACAAUAUGGCCGUGCCUGCAGUGAGGACACUGGCCUUUGCUCUCCGGAUGGCACUUAGGAGGAUUUUGCACGGAGUGUAUAUUAACACUGCUGGACUAAAAGAGCUUCGAGAGCUUAUGAAGGAACGUGCAGUGGUCCUACUCCCCUCACAUCGUUCUUAUCUCGACUUUAUCCUCGUCACUUUUAUCAUGUUCAACUUCAAUAUGAAGCUGCCGUGCAUUGCAGCUGGUCAAGAUUUCAUGAAUAUGAAAGGUAUCACUGGAUUUCUACGGCGUAGUGGAGCGUUCUUCCUUCGUCGGACUUUUGGCUCAGACAAGCUCUAUAAGACAGUGUUCUCUGCGUACGUACAGACAUUGCUGUGUAGAGGAGUCCUACCAAUGGAGUUCUUCAUCGAGGGCACCAGGAGCAGGACUGCCAAGAUGCUGCACCCUAAGCUAGGCCUCCUCUCGAUGGUGGUGGAACCAUUCCUGGAUGGGAGGAUAUCAGACAUUCACUUGGUCCCCAUUAGCAUCAGCUAUGAGCGAACACUGGAGGAGGAGCUGUUUGCCAGAGAGCUACUGGGUGUGCCCAAGCCAAAGGAGUCCACUGGUGCGUUGCUCAAGGCAAGGUCCAUCCUCACUGAAGAUUAUGGAUCCAUAUAUGCCACCAUUGGCUCUCCCAUCUCUCUGCAUGACUUCUGUGCUAGUAGAGGAGUUAGUCGCGUCCCCCACACCAUGUAUCCCAAGGAUAUGUCAGUAGUACUGUCACGUGAGCGUGAUGUCAUCCUUGAGCUAGGUCAUGUGAUCCUCAACUCCACCCACCAUGGGAUGAGGAUAUUCCCCUCCUCGCUGGUGGCCACAGUCAUGCUCCAAUGUUGUAGAGAUGGGAUACCACUGACUGAGUUGAUUGUGAGGGUGGAGCAACUGAGAGAGGAGACGGUAGCUCGUGGGGGAACUGUCCAUUGGAUCACUGACUCUCGAGAUGCCGUGGAAUCGGCCCUGACUAUGCUAACAGUUGCCCUGACAGUGGACAGUGGCAAGGUAGUGAAGAUACGGACUGGACCUACACACGAGAGACUGCAGCCUGUGGCCACCUCUAUUGAACAAGUCAAUCAGACGCCAUUACCCGUGGCCUUGUUUGAGGGAAUCAAGCAAGAGGCGUUCGUUCAUCUGGUCCUAGCUCACUAUCGUAACCAGCUGCUGCACCUGUUCCUAGUGGAGGGAUUGGUCGCACUCAGUCUCCGCAGAAACGGACAGACAGGGAGCCACUACACUGCACCCAUCAGCAAAAAGGUGGCGUUGCAGCGGUUUGAAGGACUUCAUUGUGCACUGGCAUGUGAAUUUGUUCUACCAAAAGCUCCACCAUCACAGGUGUUUGAGGAUUGUCUACAAGCCUUUGUUGACAGAGGACUUGUCCAGGUAUCAGACUCCUCCCAACAGAUAGCGGCCACCAUCCAGGGCGAGGAACAGCUGUCUAUGUUUAGUGGAGUCAUCCUUCCGUUUGUGAUUGGUAACUGGGUUGUGUGUGAGCACUUGCUGUCGGUAGGCGAGGGAGUGGAGACUCUCACUGGGACAAUCCAGGGAGCACAGCAGCUGGCAGCAAAGUGUCUGCACACAGGUUUGAUAGACACUCACGAGUCCCUCUCUUUGGGUAUAGUGAGGAAUUGUUUGGCAUCUCUCACACAGUGUGGUCUCAUCUUACGGCCUAUUAGUGAGUUCAGUACUGGACGUGACAGACUGGUAAAGGUGGCUCACAGAGACAGGCUGGCUGCUCUCUCAAACACACUAGGCUCUGUAAUAUUCCCAUGGGAACACAAGCACUCCAAACUGUGAUAAACUGAUAGUGAUCAACAUUUGGUUUUGUAUUGUGUCUGUGUGUGUAUACUACGCUGUUUACAUGAAGUGGUUUUGGCCUACAA